UAUAUUUUUCUUGGAGAAAUUUAAAACCUAGGGUUUUUGAUCUUCAUUUUUACUUCAACUGUGUAUAAAGAUUUGCUUUUUGAUUAUUUAAGGCAUGCAAGAAAUGGCUAGGGAAAAUGUAGUUACUGUUCCAGGAGAAAAAAUGAGGGAAAUUCAAGAGAAGAUUAAGAAGAUGCGUAGACAGAUUGGUGUUGGUGCUGGUCUAUUGUACGUGCAUGCUUAUGGUUUUAGAAGGAAGAAGGAACGACGUGAAAAGAUUGCUAUAGAGUCACGGCGGACAAUGAUGGAUGUUGAUACUGAGAAAAAUGAGAAAAAUCUGAACUUGAUGGAUAGUGAGCUACUAGGAAAAGAGUCAUCCAAAGAGGUUGCACAGACCCUGACUGUCAUGAAAACUGAGAAAAAUACUGCAGAGAAGAGGAACUAUGCUCUGAUAACGGAGCAUGGCGAUCAGCAAUGUGAAGAGACAUUUAAAGAGGAUAGGAGGACCAUGGCUGAUAAAGGAACCAGUAAAAAUGUUGCUGAGACCGUUAAAAAUGUUGCUGAGAAGAAAUUGAACGAUGGCGAGGUACAAAGUGAAGAUUCAUCCCAGACCAUGACGGACACGAAAACUGAAAAGGAAACUGAUGAGAAGAACUGUGCUCUGAAAAGGAAGUAUGGCAAUCAACAAGGUGUAGAGGCAUUCAGAGAGGAUGUGGAGGUAAGAACCAAACGUCAUGUAGAGCAUGCAAUUAAGAUGAUGAGAGCAUUACAUGGCUCUAGUUCUGAUGAUGAUUAUGCAGUUUUCAGAAACUCUAAAAGUAGUUUCGAUGAUCAUUUCCGCGAGUUGCUUUGUUGUAGUGGUGCUUUAAAGUCGACAGAAGCUGCUACAGUGGAAGGUGGAAAGGAGACUAACACUGAUUGUGUCAUUGAAAGUCUUGCAAAACGCGUAAUCAAAGAUUUGGAACUGACAUUCUUUGGUUCUGAUACUGAGUAUGAUCCCUCUGAUGACCUUGAUAUUAAGACCAGCAAAAUCUUGGAACGCAUGGAGUAUUGCAUGUGCGAGUUGUUUCGUCUAUACGUUGCUGAAGAAUCAGAGAAAGAUAAAAUGGCGAGUAAUGGCGCUGAUCUGAAAAGGAGAAAGACGGAGAACAUCACUGAUUGUGAUGUAAAGAGUAGCCUGGAAAAGGAGGAAGGGGGCAAGAGUGAGGCAUAGAAGUUGAAGAGAUCCUUAGGUCUUUUUAUAGUCUGCAAAUAAAGUACUAGUGAAGAACCAAUUGCUUUGGACUUCAUUUUGCUUUAGUGUUCUUGCAUUAAAAUGUUUAGAGGAUCAAGUACAAUCUCCUUCUGACAAUUCAUUAGUUUUUAUCCAUCAAUUUCAGUA